AUGGCAAACGUCAGACCAUUUACUGUCCAUAUCUCCGAGGCCCUCCUUGAAGAAGUCAAAGCGAAGCUCAAGCUCGCCCGUCUAGAUGAGCGUAUGGGUGAAGUGGAAUGGAACGACCUGGAGAUUGGACACACGAACAUCAAACAGCUAGUAGAAUUUUGGCGCGAUGAGUACGACUGGAGAAUGUUUGAAGUUUUCCUGAAUACGUUUCAUCACUUCAAAACGUUGAUACAAGUUCCUGGUUUCGAUGUCUUGGACAUUCAUUUUCUGCACCAUCGCUCAUCACGGACGAAUGCGAUUCCUCUACUAUUUGUUCAUGGAUGGCCAGGGUCCUUUCUGGAAUCUUUGAAGAUCAUACCAUUGCUGACGGAACCUCCAGAAGGACGGCAGGCGUUUCAUGUCGUUGCGCCAUCUUUACCCGGAUAUGGUUUCAGCGAUUUUUCUCGAAAGAGGGGAUUUGGAUUGGAGCAAUAUGCCGAUUGCUUUGCUCGACUGAUGACCACGCUCAAAUACGAUAAAUUCGUUUGUCAGGGUGGCGACUGGGGUUCGUCCAUCGUUCGAUACAUGGCAUUGGGGCAUCCAGAUAAAGUGCUCGGGAUCCACAUCAACAUGUUCUUAGCACUUCCCCCAAGUCCAGAGAGCUCGCCUGAGAAAUUCCGGCGGUACCAGGAUAUGGCUUAUGAUACGCAAGAGUUGAAGAACCUGGAGAGGACAAGAUGGUUUGCACACAAUGAACGCGGGUAUCAGCGGGUUCAGGAGACAAAGAACGUGACGCUCGGUUACGCGUUACAUGACUCCCCCGUUGGCAUGCUGGCUUGGUUAGUGGGCAAAUUAAAGGCAUGGACUGACGACUACCCUUGGACAAAAGAAGAACUCAUCCAUUGGACAUUCAUACAUUAUCAAGGAAGUCCGAGUGCCGCAAUGCAAAUCUACAAGGAAGCAGAAGCAGUUCUUAAUGAAGACAGAAACAGUAUGCUGGGCAAAUAUAUAUCCCAGCCUGUCGGCUGUUCAAUUUUUCCGAAGGAGCUGUGGUUAUAUCCUCGUGACUGGAUGAGCGAGACAUGCAACAUUCAGUUUUGGAGGCAACAUAGAUCUGGGGGUCAUUUCAUUGCGUGGGAACGACCAGAGGCGUUGGUGGAGGAUGUUGCAGAAUUCUUCGACAAGGAAGGACCAGUAAUUAAGAAUGUUGUAAGCCAUGGCUGA